UUCACUCAUAACCUGUGAAGUAUGAAGAUUGAAAAUUUAAACUCUGGCGUUUUAGGUGUUUACGAACCAAAACUAAUGAUAUAAAUUUAAUAUUUUUAAUAAAGAUUCUGCAUUUGGUGAACACCAAGUCUUCAUUUUUCCUAGUGUAUGUUACUAAAUAUAAAAAUAUUAUUUACUAAGUAUAACGCUCAAAAUAGCUGUACAAUUAAAUAUUUGUAGUAAGGUGUAUUAUAGCUUGUUAAAUUACUGUGACAAGAUAUAGCAGCAAAGAGAUCAGUUUCAAUAUUGAUCAUGUCUUCCUGCAGAAGAAUCGAUUCUGAGAGUUCGGAAGUCGACAGCAGCCACGGCAAUGACAUAGGAUCCAAAGGAUUGAAAAAAAAUCCAAGGGAACGGUUUCGUGUAGGAGUGUGUCUGCUACGGAUAUAUGACGAGAAGGAUCCGCGUGCGCACUGCUAUGUGUCGGUGGAUCCGCACCGCCGUGUCCGUUGGCUCGAGCAACGGCUUCGCGACUUACUAGCCGUGACUGAAUCCUUUGUGCUUCGCUCCCGUGGACAUUUACUACCUAGUGCCGAACGGCUCACUAUCCUCUGUCCUGAUGACCCUGUGGAAGUUUUUCCAAUAAAAACAGAUGUAACAAGAAAUGUAAAACCUGGCAAUCAUUCUUAUAUGAUAUGUGAAGCUCACAAGUCUUCAAUAGAUGCAAUUGACGGAGGAAAAUCAGAAAAUGGAGCUGGUGUAGAAUAUUCCUCAAUUGAUGGAGGAAAAUCAGAAAAUGGAGCUGGUGUAGAAUAUUCCUCAAUUGAUGAAGGAAAAUCAGAAAAUGGGGCUGGUGUAGGAUAUUCCUCUAUUGACGGAGGAAAAUCAGAAAAAGUGGCUGGUGUAGGGUAUUCCUCUGUUCAACAUACCAAAGCACAGGGCGAAGAAAAGAGAGAGUCCAUUCAAGAGAACGAAAACGAAACAGAUCUUGAAUCUUAUAAGGAAAGAGCGCUAGCAAUGUUAGAUAAUACAUUUUCUCAAAGGACUCAAAGUGAUGAACAGGAUAACAUUUGGGUCAUGGAAGAUUAUUCAAAUGUCAACAACCAGCGCAUAAAGCGAAAGCGGGUGCGUCGCAGACGAAAAAACAACUAUUCCUCAGAAAGUAAUGGUAAUGCUUGGGAUCAUACUUCGACUUCUGGGCGCGCACCUCGCCUGGUACGCGCAUUGCCCAAUGGACUUACCACUUAAUAAAUUGUUUUAUAGACA